UUCCCCUCAAUCUUCACCAUCUUCUCCCAUUUUCCUUUAAGUUACCAAACAAAGGAAAACUAGUUUUCCAUGAAAAAUCAUUUUACAAUGAAAACGUUUUACGUCCUACCAAACGGAGCCUAGGUGUUACUUUUAUUAACACAGGGAAACAUAAAACUCGUAAUAAAACAACUAACCUUACGUUCGAUUGUUCAAACUCGGAUCAUCAACUCUACGAGUCAAAAAAACACAUUACGAGUCAAGCCAAUCCGAACCCGAACUGUUCACGAGCUGCUCUAUUACGCUCUACUUCGAUUACCGCUAUCACUCGCCGAAAAAAAAGAAAAAGACACCCCAAUGUCUACAGCAAGAAACCCACAACACAUUCUCCGCCUCCUAGUAAGCUGCCGGAAAAUCACCGCACAGGUAACAAAUCCAGCGACGGAAUCUAUAAUCGCCAUGGCUUCUUCCUCAGAGCAAGAGUUCGUAUCCCAUUACCGCUCUCAUGCGAAUCGAUUUCCCCGCUCUCAUAACUUCUGGGACGCCCGAAUAGCGUCUCGUGUCGGCGAAAAACUAGGGCUCCGAUUGAUGGAAAUCGGCGUCUCAGACGUCGAAAUUGAUAUUCAAGAGGAGAUUUCUCGACCUCAUCAUCAUCGCAAGCUCGUCAUUCCUCUAUUUGAUUCAGUUAAAAAGACUGGUGUUUUCGUCUCCGGUACCGAGGAAUUGCAUUUCUAGGGUUUUAGAUCUUGUCAAUUUGAUUUGGGAAUUUAAUUUAUUGUGAUUUUUUAUGUACUUUUUUAGAAGGAGUUUUGUACUUCCGGAAAUUUUAGUGUUUAUUAACGGCAACAGUUGAACAAUUUUUGUACGAAGUACAUAAAUAAAUAUAAUCAGAUUUGUUUUCCGUCUU